CAGAUGGAGGACACUUCAGAGGAGGAGUAUGUGCCUCAACCUGCCCCAGACUCUGAUGAGUCAUGGGAAAGUUUGAGACCAGGGAGUAAAGGCAAAGGUGGGAGAGGAAAGGGGAAAGGAAGAGGUCACACUGAAGGUCGGGGAAGGACACGCUCAAGGGGUGAAGGCAGCAGGUCGCGGUCCAGAGCUCCUUCCAGAGCACCAGGGCGCCAGGGCAGGCAGCGCACCGAAGCUCUCAGGGAGGACAGAGUCCGGCUCGAACAGCUUAGAGCUGCCAGUAUAGCUGAGAUGCAGACGGUUUUACAACAUCUGAGCCAGGAGGAGAAAGAUGUCAUUCUACAGUCAGUGGUGACCCGCCUACCAGGGGUGAUGCUGGACAUCCUGGAGUUCCGGGAGCAGACACCAGGACCACAUCUUCCAGAUAGAGGGCAGCCUGUGUGGUGCACCUGCCUGAACUGCCGACACAUGCCGACCCAAAUGGAAAACCUGUGCUGUCGGCAGGCUCCGGACCAGUGCCUGAGCAGGAGUGCCCACCUGGAGAUGUACUGGCUGGAUGAGGGUAUGCUGCGUCUGGUGAGGAUGACGUGGAACGACAUCUUUGCUCUGGAGGACAGCCAAGAUGUGGGAGCCGACAACAAAGAGUUUCGGUUUGCUGCCUACCGCCAGUUCACAAUCUGGCAACAUGGGCGUCUGGGAAGAGGGAACUGGAGGCCGAUCCCAAGCUGCUGUGUACUUCGCAUCCAUGCAAAAUUCCCUGACCCCUUUGGAAACUAUACAGGCUACAAAGAAGCUCCAUUUAGGGUGUCAGAGUGA